AAAUGGACUCUACAACUAGUGUGGGACGUGGGCCAAACGUAAACAAUCAACGGCGAAUUUGGACGUUUGAAGAAGAACGAUUAAAGGAGCUAAUUGCCCGUGGAAUGAAAGCCAACAAUGGGUUCCGUUCGGGGUACACAAUCAACAGUUUUCGGGGACUGCAAUUAGAGCGGAGCCUCACAUCUCGUAGAAAUAUUACGGUAUGGAAAAAAAACUAUGUUUUACUUGCACCAUUGCUUCAAAACACUUUCGGUGUUGGGUGCCACAUACUAGAAGUAGAAGAGCCCGUGUGGAACGAUUAUGGUGUUGAGAGUAGUGCAUCCAGGAAGGGUAAACGGGUGGGUAAACGUAAACGUGUUAAAGAUGCGGAGGUUGAAGUGGUCGGCCUACUGUCUACUUCAUGCGAGAAAGCCGAUCAAUGUUGGGGUCAAAUGGUAGAACGUAUUGGGGUCCAGCACGACAAGAAGGAGCAACAGAAACAUUUACGAGAUGUUGAAGUCUAUUCCCAUGUUGAGAACAAAGAAGAGAUAGACGUUUUUUUUAGCGUCGGCGAAGAGGACAAAGCUUCAAUGGUGAAGAUGAUCCUCGAAAAUAAAUUGUUCUUUCAUCGUAAGAUUAAUCCAAUGGAUCGUCAUGAAAGCAUGCUACGUAUUGUGGCGAGGUAUCAUCACCCCGGUUGGUCAGCGAAUGAGGAAAGGGAGUGCUAUAGGCUUUCCUUCAACAUUUGCCGUGAAACUCCCGAUGUGAACGUACCUUCCUUCUUCAACUCCAUAUGGCCACACCUUUCAAUACAGCUAACCAAAGAGAUGCUAACAUAUUUCUCCGUGCUGAAGGUUAAGGCUAAGAUCAAGGCUCUGCACACCUACUUUCGGGAGUUCCUCACGUUUCUUGAGAUUCCCGGUGUGGAGGGCAUGCGGAAUCGGGUCUUGUCAAUG